AUGGUUCGAGUGACAACGAAGGGAACAGCUGAGCUGAGGAAGGCUGUCAAUGGCAAGGAGGUUAUAGUUGACCUAAGCGAGGUUUAUUAUGCUGAGAACCUCGCUGAUAACAUCAUUAGCUAUGGCAUAUUGGAAGAGCGUGGAGUGUUUCUCGAGCGAGACGGCAAUCAGAGCUUUGUGGUACGUCAAGAGGAUGGCCUAAACAUUUUCGAAGUGUUUCGCCGCAAUGACGUGUUAACAGUCGACGUAAUGGGUGAGAAAAUGAAGGAAGCGCAAGUUCAAGUUGUCAACUUAGCCUUGCUACCAAGGUUACGAUGGAAUUGA